CUGAAGAACCUAAGACGAAAUGAGUAGCUUAUAACUAUUUUCUUCAUUCUUAUUCGUUAUAAAAUUCCAAGAUGGACUGGUAUGUGGGCACGGAAUGGGAAGAUAAGGGUCGAGGCCUUACCAAGAAGGUGCUCGCCUUUCAGUUCGCCGACAUGGAGAAGCCAACGGCGUGCAGCACCGUGCAGUUCAGUGUCAACAAGAAAUGCGCCAAUUUGGGUGAGCGGCCCAGCAAGUACUUGGCGAGCGAUGAAUCCUCGGUGUAUCCUCAACAGCACUCCCUGGAAAUGGGAACUGCCGUCUACCCAGUGGACUGUUAUGUGGAGAUACUGCUGCAGCAGUUCCUUCCCGGAGAAACCGCCGCCUGUAGCAUCCUGACCAAAAACGGCGUUCGGAUCGAGUUUGAGCUGAGGCUGGAAAAGAUUGUGAAGAACACACAGGUGGAAAAGCUGGACGCAGCAGGAAUCUACGACUUGGCGCUGCGUCUCAAAGAGAGUGGAGUGGCCACAUUUAAAUCCUAUCCGAAAUUCGCAUUCGAUUACUUCGUGCGCGCUGCAAAGUUGCUCAUCACAUACAAACCUUUCGACAAGCUGACCAAGAAAGAGAACGGGAUAAACGGAAGCACAGUUGAGGAGCUUUUCAUCCAGAUUCAGACCAACCUGGCUGCCUGCCUCCUGUUGGAGAAGCGCUACGAGCACGUCAUUUAUCACACACAAUUUGUAGAGACUGCGGAAAGUCCCAGCGAGAAAAGCAUUUACCGGCGUGCUGUGGCCUACUUCCACCUAAAGGAGUUUGCCAAGGCACAGGCCACCAUCGAGCGGGUGCCUAACUACGAGGAAAAGCGCGAGUUUAGCAAGCUGCGGGACAACAUUGCGGUCAGCUGGAAGGAUAGCAACACCCACUACAAGGAGGUGGUGCAGCGUAUGUUCAGCUAGUUCUCAUUGUUACCAUUAUCUCAGCCAACCAACAACUGGUCUGUUUAUAAAAUAGCUUAUAUUUAACAUA